CGCUCCUCUCUCCGCCCCAGCGCUCGGCCCCGGUGAGCCGUGCCGCCGCAUCGCAAAGCCCGUCCUCAGACCGGGUCCAGCCGCUACCGCCCGAGACCCGCCGCAGCCCUCCCGCGUCGCACACAUGGAGGAUUACCACAAACCCGACCAGCAGACGCUGCAGGCGCUGAAGGACACGGCCAACCGGCUCCGCAUCAGCUCCAUCAAGGCCACGACCGCGGCCGGCUCCGGCCACCCUACAUCAUGUUGCAGUGCAGCAGAGAUUAUGUCUGUGCUGUUUUUCCAUACCAUGAGGUACAAAGUGCAAGACCCCAGAAACGCCAGCAACGACCGGUUUGUUCUUUCAAAGGGUCACGCAGCACCAAUUUUAUAUUCUGUUUGGGCAGAGGCUGGCUUUCUACAAGAAGCAGAAUUACUGAACUUGAGGAAAAUUGAUUCUGUCCUAGAAGGACACCCAGUGCCAAGACAAGCCUUCACUGAUGUGGCUACUGGAUCCCUUGGGCAGGGUCUUGGUGCUGCUUGUGGAAUGGCAUACACUGGCAAAUUCUUUGACAGAGCCAGCUAUCGAGUGUACUGUCUGCUUGGAGAUGGAGAGUUAUCUGAAGGCUCUGUUUGGGAGGCAAUGGCCUUUGCUGGCUUUUACAAGCUUGAUAAUCUUGUUGCUAUAUUUGAUAUUAAUCGUCUUGGACAAAGUGACCCUGCUCCUCUGCAGCAUCACGUUGAAAUCUACCAGAAACGCUGCGAGGCCUUUGGCUGGCAUGCCAUCAUCGUGGAUGGACACAGUGUGGAGGAGCUUUGCAAAGCCUUUGGCCAGGCCAAACAUCAGCCAACAGCCAUCAUUGCAAAGACUUUUAAAGGCAAAGGCAUAUCAGGUGUUGAAGAUAAGGAAAGCUGGCAUGGAAAGCCCCUUCCAAAAAAUAUGGCUGAGCAGGUCAUUCAGGAAAUAGAUGACAGAAUCCAGAACAAGAAAAAGCUUUCUCCAGCCCUUCCAGAAGAAGAUGCACCUAUAGUAAAUAUUAGAAACAUUAAGAUGCCAUCUCCACCAACUUACAAAGUGGGAGAAAAGUGGGCCACCCGCAAGGCUUACGGGGUUGCGCUUGCCAAACUGGGCCACGCCAACGAUCGAGUGAUUGCCCUGGACGGCGACACAAAGAACUCCACCUUCUCAGAGCUCUUCAAGAAGGAACAUCCCAGUCGCUACAUUGAGUGCUACAUUGCUGAGCAGAACAUGGUGAGCAUUGCAGUUGGCUGUGCCACUCGUGACAGGACCGUUGCUUUUGCCAGCACCUUUGCCACCUUCUUCUCGCGGGCGUUCGACCAGAUCCGCAUGGCCGCCAUCUCCGACAGCAACAUCAACCUCUGCGGCUCCCACUGCGGCGUCUCCAUCGGUGAGGAUGGGCCAUCUCAGAUGGGGCUGGAGGAUCUGAGCAUGUUCCGUGCUAUUCCCAACUCCACUGUGUUUUACCCCAGUGAUGCUGUAGCCACUGAAAAAGCAGUGGAAAUAGCUGCCAACACCAAGGGCAUUUGUUUCAUCAGAACCAGUCGUCCUGAAAAUCCUGUCAUUUACAACAACAAUGAGGACUUCCAUAUUGGACAGGCAAAGGUGGUUUUGAAGAGUAAGGAUGACCAAGUAACUGUGAUUGGAGCAGGAGUCACUCUGCAUGAAGCACUGGCUGCAGCAGAGCACCUGAGAAAAGAAAAGAUCUACAUCCGUGUGAUUGAUCCCUUCACUAUAAAGCCCCUGGAUAAGAAGACAAUACUUGAAAGUGCAAGAGCAACCAAGGGCAGAAUCAUCACUGUUGAGGACCAUUACCAUGAAGGUGGCAUGGGUGAAGCCGUGUGCGCUGCCGUCGUGGGCGAGCCCGGUGUCACCGUCACUCGCCUGGCCGUGUCCCACGUGCCCCGCAGUGGGAAGCCAGCUGAGCUGCUGAGGAUGUUUGGCAUUGACAAGGAUGCCAUCAUGCAGGCGGUGAGGGCAGCUGUGUCCAAGUCCAGGAACGCUGAGUAGAUCGGAGCAUCUCGUGCUGUGUAACGGAAGAGCUGCGUUCGGAGAGGUUAAGGCAGGCAAAGGUGCUUUAUGUAGAGAGUUCUAAUAAAAAUACCAGCUUAAAAAAC